UGGACAGGGAGCCUGCUGUGGGGCUGAGGUGCCUUAGCAGCACAGGGCAAUCCUCACCGCGUGCAGUUAUGUAGAAUAAGCUCAGAUAUAACAAGCUCUCGUUAUCCAGCCAGCCUCAUCUGUGAGAAAGCACCGCCUCGUGUCUCCAAGCCAGGCGAGAGGGCCCAGGGGGUGCGCCAGGAGGUGGGUGAGGAGCUCGCCUCAGCCUGCCCCUGGGUGCGUGCGGGCCUGGGCUGAGGCAGGAAGGUGAAGAAGGAGAUAAAGGCCCCACAAACUGGGUCCAACACAGUAAGGAAGACUUUCAAGGACCACCAGAGACUCCCGAAAGACCCCGAGUGAAAACAAAUGUGCACGUGUCAGAAACACUCAUGUGUUCUAAUGAGUUCCAGGAAAUGGCAUGAGUGCAUUAACUAUGACUACAGAUAUAUGAUAUCUAUACUCAUAUAUAUAUGAAAUAUACAUAUGUAUACAUUUACAUGUAUAUUUUAAUUGUAUAUAACCCCCACAGCUUGAACAAUUUGGCAUGCACACUAAGUGGAUUGAUCCCCUGCCCAUCCAUCUCUGCAAUUAAGGAAUGCCUCCUUGCUAAAGCUCCAAGCUGAGUCUUAGAGAGUUUCUUUGGCUGACUCUUCAGUAACACUUUUGCCAGCCUUACUUCAGACCCAGCAGGACAGAUCUCUUCCUUUCCUUCCUGUUACUUAGCUGUUCUUUAUUAGCAUCAAAAUCAAAGCUCAGUGCACCUGGGUGGAGAUGCCCCUAAUGCCAGGAGCAAACCUGCCAAGCUGAUUUCACAUCCCUGUGCCCUGGAUGUUAAGAAAGCAGCAGACCGUUCUCCACCCUCUGUGUGUAAAGUAUCCCCCUUCCAUCAAGUACAGAAGAUGCUUCCUAACUGAACUCAUCAAAAAGCACGAAUCCACAACAGCUGAACCCCUGGAUGAGUUGUACAACACACUAGCAGAUAUUUUAAAUGAAAAAGAAUCUACUCGCUGUUACAGAAACUACUUACUGCCUACUGGAGAAUCCGUUACUCUUUCUGAGAGCGAGGCCAUUAUCUCUCAAGGAACCACAGGGCUCGUCACGUGGGAUGCUGCUCUUCAUCUUGCUGAAUGGGCAAUGGAGAACUCCACAGUUUUCAGUAACAGGACAGUCUUGGAAUUAGGAAGUGGGAUUGGCUUCACUGGACUGGCAAUCUGCAAAACUUGCAACCCCAAGGCAUAUAUAUUUAGUGACUACCACCAUUGUGUUCUCAAACAGCUGGUGGAAAACAUCCGUUUGAAUGGCUUUGCCGUGCAGCCUGGAACUACUGAUCUUAUCCAACCAAAAUCUGAAGGGCAGGAGGCAGAAGGGAAGAACUACCAACAGCCAAAACUAAUUGUUGCAGAGCUUGACUGGGGCUCAGUUACAGAAAAACAACUGUUGGAUCUGCAGCCAGAUGUCAUCAUUGCAGCAGAUGUGGUAUAUGAUCCAGAGAUAACUGCAAGCCUUAUUGGUAUGCUACAAAAGCUCUCUACUUUCAGAGCAGAUGGAAAACCUCCUGAGGUCUAUAUUGCUUUCACAAUUCGUAAUCCAGACACGUAUCAUCUGUUCCAGGCUGAACUAGAUAAAGUUGGAAUUGGAUGGCAGAUUAUUCCAGCCCACAGCACCAGUAUUUUUCUCUAUGAUACUCAGUCAAAUGUAACUAUUCUGCAACUAUUUAUAUAAUUUGGUACAUGCAAGUAGUUUUCAGACCAGCAAGUGCUAUCUCAUCCUUGCAACAAGAUUACCUUGAAUUCCAGAAACCUACAAGAGAGGCAUGCACUGAGGAUACACUUCUAUGCACAGACUGCUGUCUAAGUAAGCUACUUUUCUUUCUGCAGUUGCCAGCAUUCAUGAAAGAAAGGAGAUGCUUCUUAUCUGUGUAUCUCAAGCUGUAGAAAUAAAAAAAAGCCCUAAUCAUAAUGCACUCCGAUUCUGUAAAUCGGAGUUCAACAAUUUGUUCAAACAUAUUUGAUUUGUAAAUAGCAGACAUAUCUGUGUUACACAGAACCAUGAUCUGUGAUCACAGGAUGAGUAUCUCAUACUGACAAGGGAGCAGAACAAUGUUUUAUAGUAAUAAAUGGUUUUUAAUACUAAA